AUGCCUGUUGAGAAGAAAAAUCAUAAGACCAAAUUUAAGAUAGAGGAAGAAAACACAAAAUUGCAAAUAGGGAGGAAACAACUUUUGUGACCCCUAUUCUGUUCGGCUUAUAAAUGAUCAGCAGGACAAUCUUCACAAAGCUGUGGAAAUUUUGAGAGAUCUCAGCAAAGCAAAUUGAAGAAAAUCAAAGGCAAAGCCAAAUUAUAGCGAAACGAAAAUCAUUUUGAUAAUAUUUAUUACAGUAAACGAUAGUCCGAACCUGACUCAUUGCCUUCUGAUGGCUUUUAGUGACCUUGAAAAGCGAAAACAUAAAAAUUUUCUAGAAAAACAUAACGCAGGCGCGCGCGCCAACAUUGAGCAAAAACCCUAUGAAGCCUCCUUAAACUUCCUUGAAGAAGUGUUUCUCUGAAAGUGCGUAAAAAAGAUCGUUAAAGUUUUUUUUUUCGCCACUUUCGUCAUAAAAUAUUUUUUAUAAAUAAUUGCUUACACUGAUAAGCACUGCUUAUAAAGAACAAAUUAAUUUGAAUUGGCAAGAUAUAAAAUGAAGCGGGCGUCAGUUCUAUUUUCUUUUGGGCAACGUUCUAAUUCUUCUUGCUCCGCACGAAAUGACCUCGAUUUAUCCUCUAACGCUAUUUCCGUCAUAAAAUAUUUUUUAUAAAUAAUUGCUUACACUGAGAAGCACCGAUUAUAAAGAACAAAUUAAUUUGAAUCUACAAGAUAUAAAACGAACCGGGCGUCAGUUUUAUUUUCCAAAUGUUCACCAGGUGAAGAAGUUUCAUCAGUUAAACUUACUAAUGAGUCGCAUUAAUUGCCAAAAAAAUUUAUUUGUUAUCUCAAAAAUAAACUAAGCAACCAUUCAAAAUUUUGACUAAUAGCAGAUGUUAUGUAGAGCCAUUUGCAAUUACGCUUAGCCCAUAAGAGCACCUACAGGCGCCAUACAAAUUGACACAACCACUGUUUACAGUGACGCUUCUUCGCGAAGAAAUAAUGUACUUCAGCGAAAAACUCUUUGAAAUCACUUAUUUUAUACGAGAAGUAUCUAGUUUUUUUCUUUGUGGAGUCUCCGUCUUGACAUCAACAGCAAUAAGUGUGGACAGACUUCUCGCGCUGUUGAUGGGUCUGAGAUACAAACGGGUUGUUACAUUAAGGCGGGUGCAAGCGCUCAUUAUCUUCCUUUGGCUUCUAGUUGGUGCUUUAGUUGGAUUCGGCCUCAUUUUAUUUGUUUUUUUUUUUUGCACAGGCUGUUUUGAUUCUUAUUUCUCUUAUUAUCUCGGUCACUGUUUACGCCAAUAUCUUUUUCCGUCUCCGCCUCAACUGCUUCAUGUACAGGGCCAUGUUCACCACCAACAACUGUCUCCCAACGGUGUUUUACCGACUCAAUUGAAUGUAGUACGAUACAAGAAAACAGUUUCUGCUAUAGCAUGGGUACAGCUUGGAUCAUUUGUGUGCUAUUUGCCGUUUGGUGUGCAUUUGACUUCGAUGUAUUUUGGAGAGUUUUGGGAAGGUCCAGUUUUUUUCUUUCUUCGUUCCUUAUUUCACUUAAACUCAUCUCUGAACCCCUUUCUUUACUACUGGAAAAUCAGGGAAGUGAAACAAGCUGUAAAGGACACAAUUAGACAGUUAAACUGUUGUUGUGGACCAAAUUGA